AUGGUAAAACAGGCUAUGGAAACGACGAGACUGGCAGCUGGGGUUCGGGUGUUGCGUGACGAACUCUACCCGAUCAAGGUCGACAAUGUAAGGCGCACCGCGGUCUUGGACGAUGGUGGAGAGGUCCUGGCGGGUGCAGCAGAAACCUUUGGACAAGAGAACGAGGCCAAGGUUGCCAAGAUAGCCUGGUUGAGCAGGAGGGACGUGCCGAAAGCGUAUGGAUCGAUGGUGGUGUAUCUGAGCAAAGGAGCCGAUGCAAGAAGGCUGUUGGCGGAGAGAUUCUUCCACGCUGGCGGCGAGUCAGGUUGCACAGGGGUAUUCGAGCGACGACCGCGACCAGAGCAGUGCUACAACUGUCAGGAAAUAGGGCACAAGGCGUUCCAAUGCAAGGGAAAGCAACGGUGUGCCAGAUGCGCCAAAGAAGGACAUCGACACGAGAACUGUCAUGAGGAGAUAAUGAAAUGUGUGCCGUGCGGUGGCCCACACGAAUCGUUCAGCAGACACUGUCCGAAGCUUUAUCCUACGCAGAAGGAGUAG